UUUUUUUUGAUAAAGUUCGACCAAUUUUCUUGGUUACACUAUGGAAUUUAACCAAUAGGAUCAAAAAUACCGUAUUCGUUAUAUCUUCUUUUCUGUAACCAUCUCACUUUUGAUUAUGAAAGCACAAGAAAUACACAGGAUGGAAGAAAUGAAUAUCGAAGAUAGAAAAGAAAUACUUUCAGUUGAACAACAGAACUUACAACCUAUCUCUCCAAAAGAAGAACUGGCUCAACAAUCUUCUAACGAUGAUCGUGAAUUUGAACGCGAUGGUUAUCAGCGAACAAGAGAAGAAGUCACAACACAGUCACAGGACGAAAAACAUGAUAUAGCAGAUCAAAAUGAAUCUCAUGAACUUGCACUUGUAUAUGAAUCAGAUCCGACAGAAAGGAAUGUUCUGGAUCCAUAUGAUAAGAAUUCUCGAUAUUCUGAAAAACAAAAAAACGGGAGUAAAAUUUACAAUCGCAAGAGGAUACGAUCUAAUAGCAUUCAUAGUGAAGAAUCGUAUUAUUCACGACCGUCAGAAGAGUUACAUAUGGUUACAACUCCACCUCCGCCACCACCACCACAUCCUGAUUUGGUUUCAACUCCAAAUCGUCCAGCAGCUAUUACGGAAAUAAAAUCUUCUUUACAUCAUCAUCAUCAUCAUCACCAUAGGCCGAGGACACCUGUUUAUGAUUCUGAAAUCCCUCCCCCUUCAUGGCAUUCCAAUAAUAGGAUUCCCCGGAAGGAUUAUUUUAAUAAUGAUCGGAAAAAAAAUCGAAUGCGAUAUAGAAAUCGAGAUUUUAAUUACGAGAGAGUGCAAUUAUUUGACAGAAUACGAAUUAAAGAUAGAACUCGUAUACCAGAAAGAGAAAGAGAUUUUGAAAUAGUAGAUCGAAAGGAGAGGUAUGAUCGUGAAAGAGAAUUAAGAAUAAUAGAAAGAGAUCGUGAACGUGAAAUACGAGAACGAGAAAUAACACGACCGCGUGAUAAUCCGACAAGGUAUUAUGAAGAAUCCCAUCCACGUAUGCGUGUUCCAUAUUAUGAAUAUGGUAGAGAAGCAGAUAGAAUGCGUGCUCCAUAUUAUGAUUACCAUCGAGAACCUGAUUUUAGAGAAAGAGAAUAUCCUCGUUACCGUGAAUUUGAUUGGGAUCCUUAUUACCACCGCGUAUCAUCACCACCUCUCGGUAACUUUCCUUAUAGAGACAACAUGAAACGACCUAAUGAUUAUUUUUAUCAACCUCCAAUUUAUCCCAGAAGAUCAAUAUCUCCUCGAGCUCGUUAUUCACAUAUUAGACGUUCACUUUCACCUAAUUCUAGACGUCUAUCAAAUCCUACACACGAACGUCGAUAUGAGCGAGAUCGUCCACCUCGCUAUGAUCUAGUUCGUGAUAAUGAAUUUGAACGGAGAGAUUCUAUACAUUAUAAUGCGCCUCAUUAUAGUGAAUUGCACUCACCCGGAUUUGAUCAUUAUACCUCUCCAGUUUUACCACCAAGUCCUAUUAAUAUGAAAUCUUCUUAUGAAGAUAAUGGUCUUAGUUCUGGUGUAGGUUCAAAUGUCAAUGAAUCUUAUGAACGUGAACGUCCUCUUAAAUCAAGAAAUUGGGAUAUAAACGCAGAUAAUAGAGAGGGGAAAAGAGGCCAAAAUAAUUCUAAUGAUAAUCCUAGCGGAGGCUAUGAACAUGAACGUGAACGUGGUCGUGGUCGUGAGAGACGAAGACUUUGGGACGUAACUACUGACGAUAAACAUAAACAUAUGGAAGUAGAUAAUCAUAGCAAUAGUACUAUUGUCAGCGCUUCAGCUAAUAUUAAUAAUAACAUCACACAAGAUCGUACUCGUGAUCGAGUUCGAAACGAAAAAACAAGAAAUUGGAAUUCUAAUGAUGAAGAUAUCAAUACGGAUCACAAUAAUAGUGGAGGUUCAGAUACGGGCAAAGAGUCUUAUCAUGUUAUACGUGAGAAAAAUAACAAAUAUUGGGAUGAUGAUGAGAAUAAUAGAGACCCGGAUCGUAAUACUACAAAGUAUCGUGAGAGGGAUAAUAAAGAGAGAGAAGAUUUCGAUCAAGCGUUUUCUAAAAAAUAAGUUUUCAAAACAUUUUCUUUUUUUGGACUUCAUGUUUCGGCUUUAUAUUUCGUAAGACCUUCAAUGGAGAAUGGUUUCAAUAGUUCAAUCUUAUAAUUAAAGGAAAAAAGAUAUCUAGUCACCUGGUCAAAGCAUUGAAAACCAAGAUAACUAUUUGUCUAUUUUUUUCUUUUUUCUUUUUAUUGUUUAAGUAUUAAAGUCCUUCUUGGUUAUUUUACUGAGGAAUCUGGCUGCG